AUGCCUUUUCUCGGUCGUGAUAAAGGUCGCUCCAGGUCGCGCAGAUCCGACGAUGAGUUUGUUGUCUUUCUGCAAGGUAUUCCAUCGCAUUGUCGAUGGCAAGAGCUGAAGGACCUCGUGCGUCAAACUGCUCUGCAUAUCCGCCAGGCAGUCGUAUAUGACGAUAGUCAUGGAUUCCCCACUGGACUCGGCCAAAUUAUCAUCAAGAACGAAGAUGAGGCCUGGCGAACAUACCACCGGCUCUCAACAAAUGGAUGGGAGGGCCAAAGCCUGGUAGUUACACUCUCACGAACUAGCACACCCACCAAACCAAUCGCCGGACCUACUAGAAGCCCACCCGUCAUGUCCGGUUAUGUGUCUGGUCAUUCGACUCCUCCAAGAGCCCAUGGAAGCAUAACAAUGCCUCCCUCUCCAGUCUCACCCGAAUCCGCCCAACCUCCCACCCCAACAUUCUCAUAUCCAGAGUACGGUCUCAUGAUGCCCAUGCCAAUGCAUGGGCAGUUUGUCCCCAUGCUACCAGACUUGCUUUCAAUGCAAUGCUUCCCUCCUUCGCCAUUGAUCAACGGAUACGAACCGCAGUGGAUGAUGCCAUACCCUAUGACCCCACAACACAACGGAAACAGCCCCGAUCAAUACUUCUAUCCCUCAUGCCACAAAGCUCCAGAUCCACAAUCUCCUUCUUUCUACCCAGACUCUCGCGCUGUUACUCUGGAGAAUCUCCACCCAUCAACCACCCCCGGCCAUUUGAAAGACCUCAUCCAAUCUGCCGGAAUUGUUACACAGUGUAAUGUGGCACUGGAAAAAGAUCAAACGCAUGCGUUGAUAGUCAUGCAAACUAGCGAGGAAGCUCAACGUGCCGUCACCAUGUUCAAUAACAUUAAGUUCAUGGGCUCUCGUAUCCGAGUUAGGAUUGAUCGUGGGCCGCCGACGCGCGGUUCAAGCUUGAGCUCCGCUGGAACCGAUAGCUCGGCUUCUGAGACAGACGAUUCGUUGUCUUGGGCCGACGAGAUGAGCAGCUUGGAAACGAAGGCUUGUAAGCCAUUGGUGAUUGAUGGGUCUGGGAAGUCGAGGUCGGAUGCGCUGUGCACGUCUGCUCCGACUUGA